UUUUUUUUCUUUCCUUCUUUUUCUUCCUUUUUAUUACUUUAUCGUUUUGUUUUUAUUAUUUACUUCAUUCAUAAAUAUUUUAUCUCUCCUCUCACUAUACUACAUUAUUUUAAAGUAAAUAAACGAUGCCUUCUCCUCCUAAGCCUUGGGAAGUCAACAAUGGAAAUUCAACAAAUACACCAGUGACCACUCCAUCAGCUGCUAUUGCCACUACAACAACAACAACUAAUGACACAACUAAUCCUCCUAUUCCUGAUCGUUCUUCUACAACUUCCAUGACUACAAUGAAUAGACCUGGAGCUUACGGUACUACAGGUUACGGCACAUCAUAUGGAACUAGUGGCUAUGGUACAGGUUAUGGUACUGGAUAUGGUACUACUGGAUACUCAACUGGCUACGGUAUGAGUGGCUACGGUUCUACAUACGGUGGUUAUGGUAGUCGAUAUGGUGGUUAUGGUUCUACAUAUGGUGGUUAUGGUUCAUCUUAUGGUAUGGGUGGCUAUGGUGGUGGUAUGUACGGUGGCAUGUAUAACCGAUUCGGGAAUCGUAUGGGUGGCAUGUACGGUAUGGGUGGACCUGAAGAUCAACCUGGUUUGACACAACGUAUGGAAAUGGGUACUCGAGCAACAUUUGAAGUUAUUGAAUCCAUUGUAGGUGCCUUUGGUGGGUUUGCACAAAUGUUGGAUUCUACCUUUAUGGCGACACACUCCAGUUUCAUGGCUAUGGUGGGUGUAGCUGAACAAUUAGGUCAUCUCAAGUCAUAUCUUGGUCAAGUAUUCAGUGUCUUUGCUUUAUAUCGAUUAGUCAAGAAACUAUUCAACAAAAUCACUGGCCGUGUGGAACCUGGUAAACCUAUGGAAAUGAAUUUCAGCGAAUUCCAACAAUUUGAACAGUCUUCUUCGAAUGCUGUUACUCCCAAGAUGUCUCGCAAACCACUUCUUAUGUUUAUGAUGAUGGUGGUAGGUCUUCCUUACUUGAUGCACAAAUUGAUUCAACGUAUUUCAUCCAACCAACAAUUACAACAACAACAUAUGCAACAACAACAAAUUCCUGGGAUGCCAAAUGGUAUAGGUCAAAUCGAUCCGUCAAAGUUGGAAUUUGCUAGGGCUACUUAUGAUUUUACAGCCGAAUCACCUAUGGAACUCAAUUUGAAAAAGGGUGAUAUCGUAGCCAUUAUUUCCAAGAUUGAUCCAAAUACGAAUACAACUAGUCAAUGGUGGCGUGGACGACUUCGUGAUGGAACUAUGGGUAUGUUCCCUGCUAAUUACGUAGAAAUAGUACAAAAAGGACCAGCACAACAACAACCAAUUGCCGCCAUUGCUCCAUCAUCACCGGCAACAAAUGUCCCUAUUCCUAACCCUAUUACUACCUCAUCAUAGUUAUAUUUAUUCUUUUAUAUUCUUAUUAUCAUACUGUUAUUCCCCCACCUCUUUUAUCAUCUUUUUUUUUUAUUUUCUUUACUCUUUCUCUCUUUUUUUUUUAUUAUUAUUAUUCUUAUAGUUGGAUAUCUUUUCCUUUCUUAGUACCUUUUUUUUCUCUCCAUCCUUAC